AUGGCUUCCUCUACAAAUCAAACACAACAACAACAACAACAACCAAUUAAUUAUUCAGCUGAUGCUCCAACUACAACAUCUUUGAGUACAACAGCAAAACCUUCAAUAACUUUUGAUGAAGAUUUAUUUCUUUUUUUACCUCGUCUAAGUGAUAUUCUUAAAAGUUUUGAAAAAAAUCCAAGUGAUUUAAAAGUAAAAUUAGAUGAUCUUCGAAAGCAAUUUGAAGCAUGUCAUGAUAUGAUAUCACGAGUUGAAGGUAUUGAUACAACAGUUGAUGAUCAACGUUCAGAAUUUGAAAGACUUGAUAAUGAACUUAAAUCUAAAAGUGAAUUACUUAAAAAACAUAUUCAAAUGUGUAAAUUUGAUUUAAAUAUGCCACCAAAAACAAGACAUAUAUUAUCGGAAACUGAACAAGAUUUAACUCAUCAAACUUUAAGAAAUCCAACAAAUGCAAUGAAUAUAAAUGAUGAUGAUGAUGACGAUGAUGAUGAUGAUGAUCUUUUUCAAUCAGAUGAUAAUACUAAUUUACAACAAGAAACAAAUAAUGAAAGUCUUUCUUCAUUUUUUUCUUAA